UCCGCUUGGCAUCUUAUUUUUAUUUGUUAUAAAACGCUGGUUGAUAGAAAUGAGAAUUUCAAGUGUUCAUCAUCGUGAAAGUAUUCCACGACCUACAUACAUUACGGGUCAACAUACCACACCGCUCUUUGUUGACGGAUCAGCACCUAUUGUGGGAUCGAAUGUGUUAGCAGAUGAGCACGCGCUCCUAUUCACGUAGCAUUUACGACCAACUAAUCACCUAACUACCCACUCGUUUGAAUAGCUCGUGUAUUGUUUUGAAGCUAUUACUCAAAGCUGUAGUUCUUCUGGCUGUAUAGAGAAACUCUGAAAUAACUGUAUAGCGACAUAUCAAGUGUAUUUUCCGUUAACACAAUAAGAUAUUGUUCGCUUAAGACAGGGUUCAAUGAUAAUACACGUGACUCGAAAGGAAUUAGUUGAGAGUUGAUCUUUACAAGAUCUUUUGCAGAUGUGAGUAGAACUAUGUUGGGGAAGCGUAAAACAGUUUUUCGCUACCUUGUCCUCAUCGUUCUUGUCUCAUGGACAAGGGCAGAAAUUAUUCCAAACGACGAACAAUGGUUUGAAAUCAUAGACACUCCGCCACUAGGAAGACGAUCCGGACCAGUAAAAGAUUUCUGGAUACGAGUGAAGGAAGGGACGACAUUUGUGGAUGAAAACAUUCGUAUCGACACAGCAAGCAAAACAGAGCGCUUCCAUAUUCUCUCUUACGAUAAAGUAGACGAGGGUAUUAUUCUUAACGACUUCACGAAGAACUGGACGAUUAUCAAACUCCCUAAAAAGAAACAGUGUUUUCUUCAAAAAUUGAAUCCCUCAAUACCACCACCACAGAAGCUUAAAUCAAAUAUAGAAAAGGUCAUUGCUUUCAAUGGAACCAACAAUACCAUCAACAUAGACAUCUCUGAGAAGUCAUCAUGGAAAGUAAAGGAUGUGGUCUUAAAUCGAAAUAUUCUAAGCAACGAAAUGAAUAACCUAUGCUCCAACAUUCCAGUCUAUGAAAUCUUUAGGACAAGUGGUCAGCUCUAUCUCCAAGGACUUAAAAGACAAGGAAGAAGCCCUUCUUUUCGCCGAGCAGCCUGUGGAGGGGUUGUCUGUAGUCAUUACUGGCAAUUGUACUGUAAGGCCUAUGUAGCUGGAAAAGGUUGUAUAUGGGUCAAAAUCAAACGGUAUGGCUGCCAAAACAUUACAUGUUAAUGUCAAGACUAUAUGUACAACAAGGGCAUGAACUGAUUGACUGAGGAUUCUAAAAAAAAAACCACAAGACUGGUAUUAUUUCUCAAACAACUCACACAAUUUUGCUAAGAGUAGCUGUUAAGGGUUCUAUUAACACUUUUCAAAGAAAAAUAUAUUUAAGAAUGUAAAUUUAAAAAGUAAGACUAAACUUAAAGUGAGUAAUGUACACAAGUCAUAGUGAUAGGGCAAUGUUUGUGUGUGCUUAAUUUAUCAAGUGCUUAUUGUAGUUUUAUUGGUUAUGAGUGGAAGCCAUUCCACUCUUACUUAAACAAGGAUUUUCUGCUUAAGGACGUUUAUGGGCAUUGCUCACACGCAUCUAUUUUACAAAUGAGUUCUCGUUGUGAUGUUAUUUUAGUCUUUAAUAUUGAAAAAAUAAAAACUUUAUGAUUACUAGCUAAAAAUCUGAAGAUCAAAACGUAAUCACAUAUUUUGAGCAUUUAAAAAUUGGGAUUCUGUUCUUGUAGCUGAAUACGACAACUUAUCCUUUUCACUUCCUGUGGAGCAAAACAGCAAGAUAAUGUAGCCUAAUGAAAUUUUACAUUUCUAAUAUUCAAUGUUCAAUGUUUAAAUGCAAAGUAAUUAUAAUUUUGCAAUGAAGUGGUCAUUUUCUAGAGGACUGUGAAAAACGGGAGCAAUCAAAUUAUUUUUCAGUAAGAUGACUUUUUGUGAUAACUUUCCAUUACAAGCACGAACGUCCAUGCAAUCUGUCAGCUUAAAGAAGUUGGUAACCCCAAUUUCUUAUUCCCAUAUUUUACCACUAGUAUGAUAUACUUUCAUCAUAUAAAGUUUGUAAAAAAUCUGGAUGAUGAAAUCUUUUGCCCAUGAACGUCUUUAACAGUACAUGAAAUCUAUCCAAAGAAAUGUCAUUUAACUAAAGUAAAGAAAAGGAAACGAGGGAAAAUGGGAUGUAAUAAAAGGGUUGUAUAAGUAAAUUAUAAGCAUCUAAAAUAUUGCAGGAGGUGUCUGAUAGCCAACACAAUAUUUCAUGAAUGAUCACAAACCACACAUUCAAAAUAUUGUUUGGGUGCACUUAAGCUCUACUUUAAUAAUUAGAUCUUAUUAAUCAAGCAGGAGGUCUGUACGGGAUAAUCUUGACCGAGGUCUGUACCCGACYGAGGUCAAGAUUAUCCCGUACAGACCGACCAAGCUCGGUUGAUAAGAG